UUUGACGACCACAAAAUGUUUAUGAAAUUGUUCAUAGUUGCCUGUUUGGCUGUUGCCGUCUUCGAAUGUGGCAUCCCACCGUCGUCGAUGACGACGGCAGACCUUAACCAGAAGGGCCUGCUUAAGGAUGCAUUUAGAAGAACCUGUAUACAAAAUGACGCAGAAGACAAGGCUCCUCAGACUGAGGCUGCUAUAGACACUUUUCUGGAUUGCAUCAAGGCUCAGAUCGACACUGACACACUGAAUAACGAGCUGUAUGCAAUCGAACGCGACGGAGCCGUUCAUCCGGAGGUCAUCAAGAAGUACUGUGACAAGAAACCAGCAUUCCAAUCCUGCAUAGCUGGUUUGUUCGACGGAGUCUACCCAUGCUUGAGCGCUGAUGUUCGUGGUGAUCUUGAUUCUGACAAAAAUGCUACCGACCACUUCCUGAAUUACAUCUGCCACAACCACGGAGAGAGAAUUAUUUUAUUCAUGGCUGAGGGUGAAUUCCGCUGUUUUAACGAAAAAAAAGACGUAAUCGCAACUUGCAUGGAGUCCCAUCGCAAGGAUGUUAUUGAAGCCGGAAAAGACGUCAAAAAUAUGAACAUCAAUUACUUCUGUAACAAUUUUAUGCUCACGACCUCAUGUGCUAUGAGUGCUUUGGAGAACUGCACCUCUCGCACGCCCAGCAACGUGUUGGAGUCUUUCUCCAAAUACGUCAAAAACAGCACACCAUGCAAAAAAUCUAAGCAAUAAGCAGCAUAAAGAUUGCGUAUGAACUUCUAAUUAUAAGUGAAUAUAUUAAGUCGAAGAAAACAAAGUUUAAACGUCUUUUUUCUACUUGUCCCUGAUUCAUUUAACCCAAGUACAAGAGAUUUGAAGCUUUAUAUUUUAAAUAUUGUUUAUAAUUUAUAAAAACCUACCACCUACCCAAAUGUAUAUGUAUAUAGUCAUCAUGUAGAACUAUAUUUUCCUAAACCUUCCGGAACCAGAUAAACCGUUAUUCAUAAAAAAAAAAUUAGUCCAAUAAUAUCAUUUUAACUAAAGUUCUCUGCCUCUCUUUAUAACAUCGUAAACAAGGUUUGACAGAUAGAGACGAAAGAGUACAAUCCGACUAAUUUUGUUUUAACAGAACAUAUAAAAAUGUAAACUUGACUUGAAAAUGAUUGCUUUUAGGGAUUUUAUUGUACAAUGCAUUAGCGGUAAUAAGAAAUAUACAAGUGUGAUAUCAGAAUUAUGGACUAAAAACCGAUGAAAUGGCAUAAAAGUACUGUUUGUAGUGGCAUUUAAUUUCCCGCAUGACCUAUGAAUUGUCAUGAUAAGCUUUCAUGCACGUAAUAGGUCAGCGAAGAACAUGACAGUUAUGUCAUGUGUCAGUAGGCUGUGUUCAGAUUUUAUUUGAACAUUGACCAACUGCUGACACGGCUCAUGUGGCUAUUGUAUACUUUAAUAGCUGAAGAUGCGCGAUACCCCAACAGCUCAAAAUAAUAAUAUGAGUGAAUAGAUGUAAGUAGUAUUUAGGAUA